GGAGGGAGCCAGCGGGAGGCAUAUGUCUUUAGGAGAACACUAAAAUCUGUGUCCAGAGGGCUCGCCAGAGACUUCAGCUAUGGAGCUAUCACAUCCCAAGCUGUGGAUAAGAAGAAAUAAAAUGCGCGAGUGAAGUUUAUUUUUCUGAUGUGACAGUAACUUUGACAAAGACCAGAGACUUCGCCGCUCCUGCUAUUAAUUGUUUGAAUAUCUGGAGACGGAGAGUGUGGUACCAAAAUCCGACCUCAUCUGUGGGUGAGAGAACUCCUCCUUUAGCCACUAAAUUUCUUUUUCUAUUUGGACCUCACUGGAUGUGUUGCUAAGACCUGGAGGCAGAGUUACCGCACUUCCCAUGGAUCCAAACAUCCAGGGGUCUUUCCUGUUUAACAACAGCCUCAACCAGUUCCCCUCAGACCUCAAGGCACCAGUGUGCCAAUACUCAAUGCCCAACUCCUUCUACAAGCUCAGCCCGGGCCUGAACAGCCAGCUGCAGCCAGGGACACCUCACGGCAUCAGUGACAUCCUGAGCCGCUCCAUGGUUGGGGUGGGCUCCACGGGCACCACCACCCUGCUGUCUGGAUACCCAACCAUGGGGGGGUUCGGCCCCUCCGUCACCAGCACAUCCAUGUACUACAAUCGAGACUACAAUUCCUCACUGGGAGGCUUCUCCAAACCCAGCACCGAGUGCCCGAUGAAGACUCGCAGUAUAAACUGCUGGGCAGAGAGCAGCUGUGAGUGGAGAGGAGGGAGACAGCAGUGCACCAACAGCAGUGGUCCACUUGGGGAGAUGUCAAGCAGGAAGAAACACACCAGACCGACAUUUAGUGGACAUCAGAUCUUUGCUCUGGAGAAAACUUUUGAGCAGACAAAGUAUUUGGCAGGGCCAGAGAGAGCGAGGCUGGCUUAUUCUCUGGGAAUGACUGAAUCACAAGUUAAGGUGUGGUUUCAGAACCGGCGCACCAAGUGGAGAAAGAAGAGUGCCUCUGAACCCAGCUCCACACAGGCCAGCCACUCGGGGCCGGCCGGGGAGGCCUCGGAGAAUGAGGUAGAGGACGAGGAGUACAACAAACCUCUAGACCCCGACUCCGACGAUGAUAAAAUCCGAUUGCUGCUGCGCAAACACCGCAGAGCUUUCUCCGUCCUGCGCCUCGGGCCGCACCAUGUCUGAUGCGCUUCCUGCAGAUUAUAGGCGACGCAAGCACACGCACGGACACACACCCAGGCCUAAACACUCUCUCAGUACACAUGCAUGCUGUAAUAAACAUCAAGUAAGUUUGCAGUGUAACGUAAUUAAUUGGUGGAGCUAUUACGCAUGGUCACAAAAGGCGCGACAAAAGAGCGUCAAUGAGUUAAACAGAGAAAAUAUCUCUCUGGUUUGUUACACUUACUUAUGUAAGUUUAUGUUACUUAUGUCACAGGGAAAAGAGAGACGAAGUUAUUCCUGUGCUCCAAUUUUGAACAGUUGGGUUGUUUUCAGUUAUGUGAUUUUCAAAAUAAAGCUCUUAUACAACCUUAUGUGGCCUGUGUAAAAUACCUACAAAACAAUGCUGUUUAAACCCUUUAGUAAACUCCAUAUCCCUGCGAACAGUACAAACAAAGGGCCUUAGCCUUUCAGCAAGCACUUCAGGAAAUGCGCCUAAUCUAGACAGUACAAUGAAAAGGCAAUGUGAUGUAUUUCUAGUGAAUUUAGUUUUGAAUAUUAUUUUCUAGAACAAGAUGAAGAUUUUUCGCUCUUGUUACAGAUAGGCUAAAGAUGAGAAGGCACGCCUUUUCUUAUUGUUAUAAAUCAUUAUAAAAGAGAAGACGUGUAUUAAGUUAAAAGGUGCUGGGAACAAUA